CAAAAAUAAGAAAUUCACAAAAUUACAUCUUAAAGUGGCAAUUUGGCGGUAAAACAUAUUUCCAUGGCGGCCAUGGCGGUAAAACAUAUUUUAACCACGUGCAGCGCUGUCAUUUCAAAACAUUCCUUGCAGUUGUGUUGUGUUGACUCUUUUAAAGUGUGGCGAAUGCUAUCGAAGGUAUCUGCGCUUUCAGCUGUGAUUGCUUUUGUUGCUGUGUUAAUCUGCAUUUGGAAAUUUGAUGAUUCUGGCAGCGAGGAACGUACAAGCUACAAGUUAGUCCUUGGGAUUUUGUCAGCACGUGACCAUUUCAAGGAAAGACAAGUUAUAAGGGAAACCUGGAUGAAAUUAGUGACUCAAAGUUCUUCCCUUAAAAAUAAGGUACUGGUAAAGUUUGUUUUGGGAGAAAAAGAUUGCGAGAUUCCUCCUGCUUACAGAGCCGAUAUCUAUAGCUGUCAAAAUGAAAAACAUUGGGAGUCAGAUCUAGAGGUACCUUCAAGCAACAGUUUGGCAAUAGAGAGUCUUACCCAAUGUAAUUUUGGAAAAUAUGAAAAAGUUUUCAAGUUGGUGGCUAUAGAUUUUGUUGUCAAACAUACAGUUGUAUUGACUGGUUUAUCGCUCUUUAAGGAAACUGUCAAAUGGUGUGACAAGCAAAGUAUAAGAGUUGAAUUACGUGAUUUAGCAAAGAAUGAGGUGGUUACUUUUUCAGAAUUUCAAAAAAGCGAUUUUGAUUCGAACAGUUGCUUUGUGACCCAGGAUGUGGAAAAUUAUAUUCUUCCAAAAGGUUUUUAUGGAACUAUAGUCGUUUAUUGCCCAGACUCAAGUGGGUGCUAUGGAGUUAUUAAAUCCAGUGGAAUAGAUGAGAUAAUGAACCAUCCAGCUGUAUCUUAUUCUCCUGUAAUCAAGUAUGGAUAUAAUGAUGAAGAUGCUUCGGAUAUGCUCGGUUUUCCAGUAGAAUUGUACGAUCAUAUAAUUCCAGCACUUUUUCAAUUUUAUUUGCAAGAUGGGAAUUCAAUUAAAGCACUAAAAGCUGAAAAGAAAAAACAGUUUGAUGUUUGGAAAGAAAAAAACAGAAAAAUUGACAUUAAAUUAAAAAAGGAAGUUUCACUUCACAAAGAUGUUUUGUUGGUUCCCAAUGUGAGGACUAAACCAACAUUACCAUUGACUGAUGUUUAUCGAAAUUUACCAUUAAAACUACUAGCAUUUUUCAAAUGGACCGCUGAGAAUAUUCACUGUGAAUUUAUUGGGAAAAUAGAUGAUGACAGCUUUGUAGAUAUUAACAACAUUCUACAGGUUAUAAAACGCAGUGGUGUCAAGGAGAACUCGUGGUUUGGAAGUUUUCGUGCAGAUAUCCCUGUCGCUAGAUGGGGCAAGUGGGCCGAGUUGAGUUACACUGCCAAUAUCUAUCCCGCAUUCGCGUACGGUGGUGGUUAUGUUAUCACCUCUGACAUAGCACUGUGGUUGGAAAGAAACGCAAAAAUGCUGCACUCCUACCAAGGAGAAGAUGUUUCAAUGGGAAUAUGGCUUGCAGCUUUGAAGCCGAAACUAUUACCGGACAAAAUGUGGUUUGUCAAUGCCGACUGCAAUCAAUAUAUGCUGGUAUCCAGUCAGCUCAACUCUACAGCUAUCACGUGGAUGUGGGGAAACAAAGAGAAGUGUGGCAACCCUUGUCAAUGCGAUGUUACGUGACCUGUGGCUCUCAGCCACCUCAUAUGAGAAAGUGUUAACGCAAUCAUGAAUACCGAACGUGGCUUCUGUAAUUAUGAGGUCACCAGUAACUAAACCCCCCUGAAUGGGAUUUGUUAUCGUAUUAAUUAAAAGGUUUCGCGGGGGAUGCCCGUUAACCUACGAACAAUACACGAAGUAUUUGCGGACAAAUCAACGUCCAA